AGUGUACUUCAAGUGCUUUCUUUGCAAACGGAUCUGAUUGGUUGAUCUGAAAUUAAAAGUAAAUCUGAUUAGCUACGCCAUGUUGUUAUUAUCUUCUCGAAUGAACAUGGUGUGACCAAUAGCUCAUCGAAUUUACAAGAUAUCGCAUAAUGUUGAAUAUGAGAUUUGGCGGGUCUUUUCUGUUAAAUAACGAUUGAAAUACCAGUUGCUGGCCUGAGUAUAUUCAUCGCUGAUUGGAUCAAAUAUGGCCAUAAAAAAUAGAAAGAAGAAGAAGAACGAUUGAAAUCAUUGUGAUUUAUCGAGCAAAAGUAUUUCAUGAAUGACUACAUAAAGUGAGACAAAAACUAUGGAUUCAUUAAGUAAAAAACAUAGUUAUCCUGUUGAAAAGGAAUUGAUGGAAAAAAGUUAUGUGAAAGAUUACACAGAAGCAGAAGUUGAAGAGUGUCUAAGGUUUGUAAACAGUAGAGAUACCAAUACAAAGAAAUCUGAAUUCAAUACAUUACUUGAAAAAUUGGAAGAUAAUGUGCAAAAGCUCUAUGUGGAAGAUUUAGCAAAAGAUUAUCAAGAGUGUAAUUUUACUUAUAAUCCAAAAUGUAAUUUGCCAAUUGUUUCUAUGAAAGAUAGAUUAUUAUCAAUAAUUGAGACGAAUUCUGUAGUUAUUAUUCAAGGACCAACUGGUUGUGGAAAGACCACUCAGAUUCCCCAAUUUAUUCUUGAUGCUAAUAUCAAGAAGAAGCUUUCCUGUAAUAUUAUAGUUACACAACCAAGACGAAUUGCUGCAAUAAAUGUUGCUAAAAGAGUUAGCCAAGAAAGCGGAUGGACUCUUGGUAGUCUCAUAGGUUACAAAGUUGGCAUGCAGGUGGAAAAUUCACAUGAAACCCGUUUAACAUAUUGCACUACUGAAAUCCUCCUCAAUAUCUUGAUACGUGAAAAACAUAUGUUAAGAUAUACACAUAUUAUAUUAGAUGAAAUUCAUGAACGGGAUCAAGAAUUGGAUUUUCUCCUACUAAUUGUUAAAAAAUUGUUGCAAACAAAUUCUAGACAAGUCAAAAUUAUUCUUAUGUCGGCAACGAUUAAUGUAGUAAAAUUCGCAGAGUAUUUUUCUACCAAAAUAGGAAAUGAACUAGUGCCACCACCAAUUAUCAAGAUUCCAGAAAAAAGAAAUUUUAAGAUUUGUACAUAUUAUCUGGAUGAGAUAGAAAAUCUGGAAACAAUACCAGAAGUGUCUGUAGAACCAAAAGUCACUAAAAAUAUGAUUAAUGUUUGCUUCCUUAUCAUCAAUGCUUUGGAUCUAAUUGAUAUAAAUGAUAAUGAAGAUUCAGAUUCACUUCAGAGACACGCCGUUCUCAUAUUUUUACCUGGAAUUUAUGAAAUUGAAGAAAUGUAUAAUUAUUUAUUAGCUCAUCAUAUGAAUAAAUUGUGGGACUUGGUGAUUUUGCAUUCAUGGAUUUCUAGUAAUGAACAGCAACGGGUUUUUUAUAAACCUCCGGAAGGUUACAGGCGCAUUAUACUUUCCACAAAUGUUGCUGAAAGCAGUAUUACUGUACCAGAUAUAAAAUAUGUGAUAGAUUUUUGUCUUGUAAAAGUAAUGGAAGUUGAUCCCAUUACUCAUUAUCAAAGUUUAAAACUUUGUUGGGCAAGUAAAGCGAAUUGUAUACAACGAGCUGGUCGUACAGGUCGUGUAAUGAAUGGCAGAGUAUACAGAUUAGUGCCAAAAUCAUUUUAUGAUAAUAUUUUUAAUAACGAGAGCACUCCGGAAAUACUCCGCGCUCCACUCGCCAAUAUUGUUCUUCGUGCCAAGAUUUUCGACCUUGAUGAACCACGUGCCCUUCUCUCUCUUUCUCUGGAUCCACCUUCUGUCUCUAAUUUAGCAGCCACUAUCCUGACUCUAAAGGAGGUCGGAGGAUUAGUAAAUGAAGAUGAUUCCUUUCAACCUUUUGAUGGGAAAUUAACUGAUCUCGGCAGAAUAAUGGCAUUUCUUCCACUUGAUAUACAAAUUACGAAAUUAAUUAUGCUAGGUCACGUUUUUGGAGUUUUACGGGACGCUAUUAUUUUGGGGGCCAGUAUGACCAUCAAGGAUGUUUUUAACACACAAUGGCACUGUAAUGUUUCUUCUUAUGCCACUCGUAGAAAAUGGGCUUACGAUUCUGACAGCGAUUGCAUCGCUAUUUUAAAUGUUUACAAAAUGUGGCAAAAUGAAAAAGCGAAUCGUCGAUUAGCUACUUGUCAAGCUGAAAGACAAUGGGCCGAGAGAAAUGGAGUCCAACUAAAAACUCUACGCGAAUUACAUGUUCUGAUAAAUGAGAUCACUCAGAGAUUGAUGAAGUUUGGAAUUGAGGAGAGUAUUGGAACUAAUAAAAGCAUCUGGCAAGAUACUGAUCGUGAUUUUGUACUUCAAGUCAUUCUCGCAGGAGCAUUCUAUCCUAAUUACUUUGUCAAACGUAUACAAAAUUUGGAAGUUCAUAAAGAAAAUAUUAUAAAGAGCGUAGGUAUCUUAGAUCCCAUGAAGACAGUUUAUCUAAGAGGAUGGCCAAUAGAUCAACCUGGAUAUUUGUAUGCUAAAAAAUUCCAAGAGAUUUUUGCUAAGCAUCAAGGAAUUCUAGAAAAUCAAAUAGUAGUGUUUUUUGAUAAAUCAAAACGUGUUUAUGUGCAAUUUCGCGAGAAAAUGCCUAUUAAUGAUAAUUUUUACAAUAUAUCAAAUUUUGUGUAUCAGGCUAUCAAGAUGAGGCAUUGUAAUGUGCCAAUCAAGAUAAAUUUGUUGAACAUAGGAGAAGCACUUAAAAGGGCAGAAUAUCAUGACAUUCAUCAAUUUGAACGAACUCUUUUCUUUCAUAAGGAUUUAAGGAAGAUAGAGAGCGAUAGUUAUAAAAUCAAGCCCAAAUUGCCAGGACUUGAUGUCACUUUUAUACCUCUAUUUAUACAAACUAUUAUUAGCCCUGGCUGUUUCUGGGCGAUUCUCAAUAAUAAUGACACCCAUUUUAAGUUACGAAUUAUUGAAAAGAUUUUGAAUAAUCGCCCAUUAAAAGAACUUUCUUUACCUCCAAAAAUUUCAACUAUAAUCGCCGCUCCUAUGGAAAGAAAAGAUUCUUUAAUUUAUCAUCGUGCUAUAAUUGAAGACUUCACUUUAGGACUUGGACAACUAGUUGACGUUUUUUUCAUUGACAACGGUCACUCCUCUCGAGUUCGAUAUAGUGAUCUAAGAGAAAUUAAUGAUGUCCAAAUUUUGGAAAUACCUCCUUUAGCAUUCCAGUGUAAUUUAGCUUUUCUGCGACCUUCAAAUCAAGCUAAUUUUCAUGGUCGUUGGUCAAAAAUUUCGAAAAAUUAUUUUGAAAUGCAAAUUAAGAAAAUGAGUAAGAUUUUUGGAAAGAUUUAUUCAGUUGUUGAUAAUAUCGUUAAUUUGGAAUUGAUUGCUAUUAAUAAAAAAGGAGAAGAAUUUAAUAUUAAUGACGAUAUGAUAGAGAAAGAAUAUGCUAGAAGAAAAGAGGAAAAUUAUUUAUCGACAUAUAAUCAUGAAUUGAGAGUGAGUAUAAACAACUUUAAAACAAUAUCAAAGGAGGAAAAGAAAUUUUAUGAAGAGGAACAGUAUAAUAAGGAUCAUUUAUUAAAAUAUCCUGAUCCACCUAAAGAAGAAGAGUGCAAUUUCAGCAUAAAACUUCAAGGUCCGUACUCUCCCUUAGAAAUGGAGUUGACCCAAUUGACAUCAGUCGGGAAAUUUAAAAAAAUAUAUAUAGAAUCGAAUUCUGUGAAUAGUGUCCUUUUGGAUGACGAUCACGAUCAAUCAUUGGGACGUCUUUUGGUCGCUCAGAUUGUCAAUCAAAAUUCAAAUAAUGGAGAAUUAAUUUUGAGAAAUACCACUUUCCUACCAAAUAUUCCUGGACUUGCAGCAUUGUUUGCGCUAAGUUUCGCACCGCGCAUGGAAUUGAGAUGUAAUUCACGAAGGACUCAUUACAUAGGAGCUUUAUGUGGUUUGGGAUCGAUGGAUAAUUGCUCUGAACAGGCUGUGUUCCCUGAUCAUGAUAUGGAAAUUAAGUUUGAUGUGGAAAUCACGAUUGACGAUAUUAAAGAGAUAAAUAAAUUACGUUAUUGGAUAAAUGCAGGAAUGCAAAUAGAUAAAACUUCCAAUUGUGAGCAUAUUAUAAACUGUCAGAAUAAAAUUAAACAUAUUUUGCUUGAACUAAGAGACAAACAAAGAAAAUUACGAAAUUUAGUGAACGACGAGAUCGAUGAUUGUUCUAAUAAAUGGAAUUAUUAUAAUAAAUUAUAUUUUUUACCAUCCGUUCGAGAAACAACGAGACAAUGCGAUAUUUAUCCGUUGCAUAAAGCAUUAGAACUACGGGAGAUAAAUAAGAAAAAGGAGGAAAUGAUAGAGCAUCUUUUGGAAUUGCAACGUUUUGCUUACGAAGAUGUACAUAAGAUGAAGAACGUGACCAUUUUCUGUAAGCUGUGUGAAAUAGAGACACUCGGUCUGUUGGAAUUACGUAGUCAUCUUUAUUCAGAACAACAUAUAAGAAAUGAGAAAACAUUACAGAAUUAAUUAGAUUAUUAUUAUAUCAUUAUUAUAUAUGAAGAAGUUAUUGCUAAAUCAGAGCCAAGUAUUUUGCCAAAUAUUUUG